UCCACUUCAUUUGCUGGACAAGAGUGAAGGCGCCCUUGUAUGCUACAUUACCUCAUUUAAUAAAUAACCACCUCGCUGCCCGGACCUCAGAGCCUAUCCAUAAACGCCUAUUCGAGCUUUAUCCGUCCGGGUAAACAAUUGCGGUGAGUGUAUCUGAAAGCCCGUGGACCACGGAGACUAUAGCGCACCAUCUCGUUAGCUUCCUAGUAAAUGCCUCAUAAAUACCAGAAUGGUGCAAUUGUUUUACGCGAUAAGCCCGUGUUCUAGCCAAGAUGAGCGUAAGAGAAAUCUGCUCCGUCAGUGAAGGACACAUUGUGUGUGUUAAGCAUCCAACAGGCUACGCUUCUUCUAUUGCACCGUGUAUAGCAUCUAAUCAUUCAAGACGGACGGUGUGGCGGAGCACAGAGGGAGGAGGGCAAAUAUGAGGGACAGGGACUUCAUGCCCAACGUGGAACGGGGAAAACCCGCCACAUACACUGGGGACAAGAAGGCUAAAAUGGCUGCGAAGACCAACAAAAAGUGGGUGAGACUGGCCACUGUUUUCGCAUACGUGUUGUCCGUGUCUCUGGGGGCUAUCAUAUUGGCCAUAUAUUACAGCCUAAUAUGGAAACCAACGUCUGCUUCCUCCUCAUCAUCAUUUUCGAGACACAAUGCUGUGACCCCCGUAACGGCAAAUACUACGAACAAUACCACCAGUGUACCAAAUUAUACCAUACACACAGGUACGCAGAAGACGGACACUUUUACACGCGAUGAGUCCAGGUCCAUGGCAUCACUUGUUACAUUAAAAACAGAUACCGCCGGGACCAAUGCAUUUCAGUGGUUGGAUAGUAGUAGUAAAAGUCCCACGGCCCCCUCAGACGGCAAUACGCCCACAACAGCGGUUGAAGGACCAACAAUAGUACACUUCGUCACCGCACAGAGCUACGCAGCCACACAGAACAAAUUGGACACGCCGACAGAAGUCAGAGACUCGUCUCCAAGUGUCACUCAAGAGGAUCCAGCGAACUUGCCGACGCACACAACCAGGGACCAAGAAGAGACGUGGUGGGUGUUUGGAGUACAACAGGAAUCGCUGGAAGGAUAUGGGCUGGAUUCAAUCCAAGAGAGUCAAGCUAUGGAUUCUUCUCGAACAAGAGUGAUGCUCACGGAAGCCUCAGCGGCUCCAAACGCAGACCAACAGGCUUUGCGCACAGACUCUACCUCUGACCAGGCCCAGGGUACGUGGGGACUCGUUACCUUUACUGAUGCACAACGUGAUUCUGAUUUAAUAACGGAAGGGUCAUCUUACUUCCUGGAGGAGCUGGUUACCAUGGACAACGGGGAUGCCUCAGUCAAAACUACACGUCCAGAGCACACAUGAUUUUUAGACACCAUACAAAGUGUUGUGUAGGGCCUAUAUAUUCUUAUAAUGCAUUAAGCUUUGGGGAAAUUAUAAUUAAAAUAUUCCAAAUGAUACCUUAAUUUGGCACCGUUAUUUGGAUUGUUGGCAUCACAACAUUUCUAUAGGUUAUAUCUUCAGUUCAAAUGUGACCCCAUUGUCUACCUGUUGAGGAAAUUAACUAAAUAAUUUGACUCGUCUGGAUUGAGCUAUAGGCAUAUAUGUGUUGUUUACAUUGGGCCAUAUUCUCAAGGAUAACGGACUAAUACACAAAUACUAAGCUAUUUAUACGAAAAUAGGUUCCACAAAUGCUGGCUAUUUUUAGGCCUUUAGGUUAUGUCCCAAUGUAAGAUGAUAUCAUGAAUGGAUUGGCAGAGGAAAACACAUGUAUUCCCUCUCAGGUAUGUACAUAUAAACUUGAUCCAAAGCAAGAUUCACUGUGUUAUGAUCUUUUUAGUAGGAGUCAAAUUAUGCGCAUCGGCCUAUGUUGAUGUUGUAGCCAAAUGUAGCCUCCUUUUUACAAUACCCAUGUGCAAUACAUAGCCUAUAUCAAGAGACAAAUAAAACCUUUUGAGAAUAA